AUGUAUCAUGCCAUUAAAGAAUGGGGUGGAACUCCUUUUGGCUUUAUUGAUGAUGUGACUAUUACCGUUGAAGGUAAAAUUGAAGAAAAUACCAAAAGCUUAAGCAACAUAUUAGAAAAAUGUUGUAAUUGGGCUAAAUCAAGAAUGACCAAAAUUGAUUUGGGUGAUAAAUUGGGUUUUAUUCAUUUUACAAAAAAUGUGAAACCUAAAGAUGAAAAAGUGCAACUUUCUUUACGUAAUGGAGAACUUCGUGAACCCCAGAAGGAAGUUAAAUUGCUGGGAAUUACUUUGAACAAUCUGCUUGAUUUUAAAUCUCAUAUUUUGAAUAAAAUCAAUAAAGCAAGAAAAGCUGUUGGUGCUAUUUGGCAUCUUGGUGGGGUGCAAAAAGGUAUGCGGGGGUCUGCAGUUAGAUCACUGUAUAUUGCUUGCGUGAGACCAAUUGUUGAAUAUGGCUUAGAAAUUUGGCAUCAUAAAAUCUUGAAAGGAGAAAUCCACAAGUUCAAAACUAAUCCUAUUAAUGGUCAUUUGUUAACAUUGAUUGAGAAAUCUCCAAUUGCAAAGCUAACCACGCUUUACAUGUUGGUGAAAGAUGAUAGAGACUACAUGAUUAAAAAGGAUGAAAAACGAAAAUGCAAGAGGGUUGAACCUCUUACACUGAAACAACAACAGAAUCAGACGAUUGGAAUUUUGAAGAAACAAGCAAUGGAAGAAUGGCAAGAAAUGUAUUGGAACAGCAGUAAGGAUCUGUGGUAUCAUAAUAUCACAGUGGAGUCGAAAUGUACUGAUAAUCUUUCUAAAAUGGUUACGGGAGUGAUCAUGAAGAAAGAUAGUCGAAGGAUCUUGAGUAAUAUUACUCAGUUUCGCACAGGCCAUGGCAACUUUGGCGCAUGGUUUAAAAAGUUUGGAAUUGAAAAGGAUAGUUACAACUGCAAAUGUGGAGAGCUGGAAACAGUUCAUCACAUUUUAGUUGAGUGUCCUUUGCUUGAAGAGGAAAGAAAAGGACUGAAACGGAUAUCUCCAGAGAUGGACAUGUCGACUCUCUUAAACAGUUUAACUGGCUUACAAGAGAUUUCGAAGGAUCUGAACACUUCUGGAGCUAAUGAAGGUGCCUCAUCCUUCGAGUCAGCCAGCACUGGAGGAUCUGUUGCUCACUCAACAUCUGAGAACCUCACAAAGCACAGCGCUAACAUGUUCCCUACUUUCAAUCAUCUUCCUGUAGAAUUUCAAAUGUAA